AAAUAUUUUGUAACUAAAAAAGAAAAAGAAAGAAAAGAAAGAAACGAAAGAAAAGAAAGCCCUCGAUUGACUUUGCGAUGGUCAAGUCUACAGGCGAAUCAUUAUCGGUCGUUCUUACCUGCGCUCGCUCGCUCUCUCACACACCGACCAUCCUCUCGCGACAACACACCCUCUGAGCUUGCUCUCACCUCACCUUCACUACGUUUCUCCAUGGCUAACAGGCACACCAUUCUUCUUAUGCAAACGUCACACAACAGGGCAACUAGGACUUUUAUGGAUUACGAUUCAAUAAGUCAAGCUAUGGAUGGUAUAUGUGGGCUGUAUGAAAGGAAGCUUAAGGACUUAAAUCCAGCCAUCAGAAAUAUCACUUAUGAUAUUGCUGAUCUCUACAAUUUCAUUGAUGGCCUCGCCGAUAUGAGCGCUCUAGUCUUCGAACAUUCAAUUCAGGCUUAUUUGCCUUAUGAUCGGCAGUGGAUUAAACAAAGGAUAUUUCAACAUCUGAAGAAACUGGCACAUUGAGACAAUUAUAAAGGCGCUGCAUCUGUUCUCAGUAACAUUCUAAACUUCUGCAUCCAACUAUCAAGUUAAAGAUGCUCUUGUAUGAAGUGUAGAAAUUUAUCCGUCUUCUCUGCCCCGCUUACAAUCUGCGGGGUUCAAUUAUACAUGAAUCUGAACUUUCUGUGUGUGCAUCUAUGUCUAAAGGGUAUUUGAUUGUGUUUUUCCUAUCCUUUACAGAAAGUAUCUGUUAUAAUCUACAAGGUUAUUGCCUGUUGGCUUUUGCA